AUGGUAUGAUGCACUCCAGUGUUACAGCAACAUGUUGCCUCACAGUGGGGCAAGAAUAGAGGCGGGUGCCUUGUUUCCCUGAACGCUUAUCUAGCAGAUUUGGCUCCAAAACGAAUCCUCACCCACUCAUCAUGGGAAGAUGGCACCCAUCAAGAUGGGUAUUUAUUUUGCAUCUCUAUGGCACAAUCCCAGUGUUCUGGUCAAACGUUUUGCACUACAUAGGAAAUAGGGGGCCAUUUGGGACAGACACUGCUUAUGUCGUGAGUUGUGUGUUGGGUCGUGAGUUGUGUGUCAUAGCCAGUGGCAGCAGCCUCCUGUCUCUCAGCCCAUGUGAAGUGGAGUGAAACAAAGCUGAUGGAAACAGAACUGGGCCAAUGAAAACCUCUUAACCACUCCACAGUUAGUUUACCAUCUGGCUCAGUGUCAACAGAGAAUAACAUUAAGGGAGUUCACUGUUCUGGACCAGUGACCUUGGGGUGUGUGUCGAGGAAUGGCACAGUGUGUCUGUGUGAGCGACCCUGCCAAACAUUUUACAUUUUAGUCGUUUAGCAGACACUUUUCUCCAGAGCGACUUACAGGAGCAAUUAGGGUUAAGUGCCUUGCUCAAGGGCACACCGGCAGAUGUUUCCCCUAGUCGGUUCGGGGAUUCGAACCAGCGACCUUUCAGUUACUGGUCCAACGCUCUUAACCGCUAAACUACCUGCUUCCAAACUCACUAUGAGAAGGGAUAGAUCCAUAUCCAAAGGCUUUGAUCAGGUUCUGGAUAGCAAAAGAUAGUCUGUAGAAAAAACACACAGCACACUUGGGAGUGUAUCACAGUUUUGGGAGUCUUCUUUUCUUGCUGAUGCCGUGCCUAAUCCAGUAGUUCUCCAUUUGGCAGAGGUAUCUUGGUGGCGUGCAUGUGAGGACCCCUCAUCCAUCUGCUCUCUAGUGACAUAAGUCUGUAGCUCUGUUUAUAAUAUAUCCAUUUGUCUCUUGUGACAGACUUUUAACAUAGCUAGCCAGCGCACGCAAUAAUUUAUUCUGGGGUCGAAAGUGAUGUAUCCAUCAAACACAGUAGUCCGAGAGCAACCUGGCCUCCGAGAGCAGCCUGGCCUCCUCUAUGCAUACACAAAGUGAAUAACUUGUCUUCCCCUCUGUGUUGGUGUCCUGUAGAGUAUGCAGCGAUCAGUAUCCUCAGACACCAUCAGCACAACAGCCUUCAGUACAGGAGACAAGGAGGUCCAGGGAUGUCACUCCGCCCUACUGCGUCAUGAGACAGAGGAGCUCAGCCACUUACGAUCCAUGAUUCUGCCUGAAAACGGCAAGGUACUGUACACGUACGCACAGAGGCAGACAGGCACGUGCACACACACACACACACACACACACACACAAACACAGGUGGAGUACACACACGUACACAUGCCCACAUGAAUAAGCAUACAAACAGAAAAACACAGGCGCACACAGGGGCGUCAUGCACCUCCAAAAUCUGAGGGAACACUAAGUAUGUGAGGAUGGCUUUGGGGUGGUCCGGAGGAGGGAUAUGCCCCCGGUCCGUAAGUAGGAGAAUUUUGCACUUUUCAAACACCUGAAACAGCCUUUUCCUGCAAUCUAGAGCCAUAAUCAUUAUGAUUAAUUCUAUGUCAAAAAUUAGUAUUUUUUCUGCAUAUCUAAGCAUACCUCUUGAGCUGUCUGUAUCCUCCUGACUGGUGGUUAUUUUUUUAAAGAAACUAUAUAUGCUUCUCUGCUCUGCAAAAAUGUGGGUACAAUAUUGAAAGUAAUGUGAGUCUUAUUCAGUACAUUUAAGUUAUUGCUUGGUUUUCUAAAGUCUACCAACCUUACCAGCAGACAUGCAAGUUAAGAUAGUUAGACAAGCUAGCUACUCUAACUUGAUUGAUAGCCUGAAAUUGUUUCUUAGUAAUUAGUUAUAAGGUUGGGAGAUAGGGAACCUAUCUGGGCUAGAUAAAGCCAACUUCAUAAAAGUUGCUAGGUGGCUAGUAAUAUAACAGAGAAACAACAACAACAAUAAAACAUGUUAAAUUACAGGACAAAUCUGAGGGGACAUGACACCUCUGGGUGCACAACAGUGGAUGCUGCUGAGGGGAGGAGGCCUCAUAAUAAUAACGUCUGGAACGGAGUAAAUGGAAUGGCAUCCAUGUGUUUGAUGUAUUUGAUAUCAUUCCACUCAUUCCACUCCAUUACCACGAGCCCGUCCUCCCCAAUUAAGGUGCCACCAACCGCCUGUGGUGCACACAUACUCAAACGAAUGCACGCAAGCAUGCAGAAACACACAUACAGACACAGACACUAUAUCUGUCCAGAUCUAACUGUCUGUGUUGUUCCUAGCUGGGCCAGCAGUGCAGAGACUGCUCCUAUCCUGUGACCAGUGUGGUGGUGGAGCCUCCCUCUCCAGACAGCAACGACAGCUCCACGCCGGUGAGACUCACACCUUCUACCUUCCUUCUCCAUGUCCCCGUCUCCACUGUCCCAGUUUUCCCCUGUCUCCAAAGGCCACCUGCCUCACCCACUGCUACUGCCGCCACUAUCUCAUACCCCACUCUACCCUCCUGCCCCACCCACUGUCCCCAUGUCUCCACUGACCCUAAUGUUCUCACUGCUAGUUAGCUAGCACUCUAAUGUCUCUAUAACACCAUAAACUCUCCCCGUCUCGCCCAUCCCCAGGAGCUGGAAAAGGCAGGUCUGCUGAAUAAGACCAAGAUAGCAGAGGGAGGCAGGAAGCUGAGGUAAGACAGGCUCAUCUUGGAGGGAUUGAUGUUAAUAAUACAUAUAAGAUGGAGUUUUUCCUCAGUCCCAGAAGUUUUUCCUGACCAUUUGACUUGGUGUAUGUUUUAGGAAAAACUGGAAUCCAUCCUGGGUGGUUCUGGUUGGGAAUAGUCUGGUUUUCUUCAAGGAUCCCAAAUCUCAGACCCCCUCCAGCUGGGUAAAACAGUGUUAUUCACCUUGAAACACAUAAACCCACAAAUGUUUUAUAACAUGAUAACUACAGUUAACAAUAUAUUAGUCUCUCGUGACAGACUGUUAAUAUACCGUUGCUGUCUUAUGAAAACCUCGUAACUCAAUUUUUGCCCAAUAAUUUGUGCGGGGUGUAUUGAAAGCAGUAACUCCCCUCAAUGUGUAUUUCAUGACUCUAGUACCAAAAACAUGUAUUCAAAAUAGCUUCUGAAGUUUCAUAAUUGUUUGUUCGUAAAAGGGAGUAUAUGGCCAUUUUUCAAUUUCCUGAAAAGUUUGUGUUUUGGAGAUGAGGUUUUCAUCCGACAGCGACGAUAAAUGAUUCGCUGGCCAGCUGUGGUUCUGGGUUCCGAGAGUAAAAAGUGAUCACUCAUAAUAAUGAUUGUGUGCGUGUGUUUCUCUCCAGAAACCAGGGAACAGUUGUCCAGAGAGCAGUGUAGACCUGAGAGGAGCUCAGCUACAGUGGGCCAACGACCUGUCCAGCAAGAAGAACGUCUUCAAGGUCAGAUACACACCAGGAAGUAGGAAUGGAAUGAGUCACUUUCUUAGCAUAUCCCCAUUCCUCUACCUUUCACAAUGUCCCUCAAACCACCAUUUUCUUGUUUGGAUAUAAUUUCAAUGACAUUUUUAAGACACAUUUUUAUUUCACCCUGUAUUUUAGGGAAGUCAAAUGUGGCUAUUUUAGUCCCACUGAGAGAGAACUUCUCAAGUUGUUUUCUGUGAAAAAGCAUUCUCACCUCCUCUUGAGAGGAAGCUCAGUCGGUGACUGUGUUUUGUAGCUGUGUGCACCAGGGUUCGAGCCAAUUCAAUUUCAACUCAGUCAAUUCAAUAUGCCUUAAAAAUUCCAGUUCAAGAAUUUAAAAUUACCAUUCAUUCUCAAUGCAAUUUUUUCAAUUCCUGAAUUUUCAUUUAAAUUAAUUUCCCAAAUUGACUGAAUGGAAAUUUAAUUUUGGGAAGUAGUAGCAUACACUACAAGAGGUACUACAGUACUAGGAGUAGUGUUUGAUUUGGGACUAACUCAUGGUAUUUUGUCUGUCUGUGUGGUAGCUGAGGACGGUGACAGGGAAUGAGUUCCUACUGCAGUCAGAGACAGAUUCACUGAUUAGAGAGUGGUUCAGCACCAUCCAGAGUGUAAUCGACAGGCUGGUGAGUCUCACUUUGUGUGUGUGUGUGUGUGUAGGGGUGGGGGUCCUUUUUUAUUAUCAGAAACCAACUCAUGGUACAUAAUAAAGACAUCUGGCACCAGUUGAAAUUCUCUUCUCUGCUGUGUAGAACCGUGAGAAUCCUCUGGACAAUGUCCUAAUGUACUCUCUGAGGAAGGCGGGCAGUGUGGAGAUGUUGGACCAGAGUGGAGACGAGGAAGAUAGUCGAGGGGGAUCUAAAGCAUCACGUGAGUCUCUCCUCCAUCCACUGCUCCAAGGGUGCUGUUCUUGUGCUGUGGCUGACCAUGUGCUUCCUCUGGUGGUGUGUGUGAGUGUCUCAGGGGGUUGGGUAGAAAGCAAACCCUCCAUCUCUUUCUCUCAUUCUCCCUCUCUCCCCUCUCUCUCAUUCUUUCCCGCCCGCUGCAGUCCCUUGUUCUUCUUCCAACCGGGAGAGCACAGAGAGGAAGCGUGUUCGGAGCAGACUGAAGAAGCUCAUCCUGAAGAGACCUCCACUACAGAUCCUACAGGAGAAAGGACUCAUCAAGGGUAAGAUCACCUACUGUCUCUGUCUAUGUCUCUAUUUAUCUUCCUUUGUCUCUCUCUCUCUCUCUCUCUCUCUGUCUGUCUGUCUGUCUGUCUGUCUGUCUGUCUGUCUGUCUGUCUGUCUGUCUGUCUGUCUGUCUGUCUGUCUGUCUGUCUGUCUGUCUGUCUCACUCUCACUCUCACUCUCACUCUCUCACUCCCUCUGCCUGUCUGUCUGUCUGUCUGUCUGUCUGUCUGUCUGUCUGUCUGUCUGUCUGUCUGUCUGUCUGUCUGUCUGUCUGUCUGUCUGUCUGUCUGUCUGUCUGUCUGUCUGUCUGUCUGUCUGUCUGUCUGUCUGUCUGUCUGUCUGUCUGUCUGUCUGUCUGUCUCUCUCUCUCUCUGUCUCUCUGUCUCUCUGUCUCUCUGUCUCUGUCUCUGUCUCUGUCUUGCUCUCUCGCUGACUGAGAUCACUUAGAGAAUGAGAUCACUUAUGGGUAAAUCCUAAAGGAUCACACGCAUCGCACCGAAUGUUGAUCUGCUGUUCUUUCAUGGUGCUAGGUUUGCAAAUUACAGCCGGUUCAGAGGUGCUAAGGACUCUUGGCUGGCAAACAGUAUUGCAGUGUCUGAACCUUAAAGUCCCAGUGCAGACAAAAACGUGAUUUUCCUGUGUUUAUAUAUACAGUACCAGUCAAAGGGUUUGGACACACCUAAUCAUUCCAGGUAUUUUUUUUAUUUGUUUUUAUUUAUUUUUUACUAUUUUCUACAUUGUAGAGUAAUAGUGAAGACAUCAAAACUAUGGAAUCAUGUAGUAACCAAAAAAUUGUUAAAUAAUUCCAAAUAUAUUUUAUAUUUGAGAUUCUUCAAAAUAGCCUCCCUUUGCCUUGAUGACAGCUUUGCACACUCUUGACAUUCUCUCAACCAGCUUCACCUGGAAUGCUUUUCCAACAGUCUUGAAGGAGUUCCCACAUAUGCUGAGCACUUGUUGGCUGCUUUUCCUUCAUCCGUGGUCCAACUCAUCCCAAACCAUCUCAAUUUGGUUGAGGUCGGGUGAUUGUGGAGGCCAAGUCAUCUAAUGCAGCACUCCAUCACUCUCCUUCUUGGUCAAGCCUGGAGGUGUGUUGGGUCAAAUGAUAGUCCCACUAAGCGCAAACCAGAAAGGAUGGCAUACCGCUGCAGAAUGCUGUGGUAGCCAUGCUGGUUAAGUCUGCCUUGAAUUCUAAAUAAAUCACUGACAGUGUUACCAGCAUAGCACCUCCACACCAUUACACCUCCUCCUCCAUGCUUCACGGUGGGAACCACACAUGCGGAGAUCAUCUGUUCACCUACUCUGCGUCUCACAAAGACACGGCGGUUAGAACCAAACAUCUCAAAUUUGGACUCAUCAGACCAAAGGACAGAUUUCCACCGGUCUAAUGUCCAUUGCUCGUGUUUCUUGGCUCAAGGAAGUCUCUUCUUAUUGGUGUCCUUUAGUAGUGGUUUCUUUGCAGCAAUUCAACCAUGAAGGCCUGAUUCACGCAGUCUCCUCUGAACAGUUGAUGUUGAGAUGUCUACUUGAACUCUGUGAAGCAUUUAUUUGGGCUGCAAUUUCUGAGGCUGGUAACUCUAAUGAACUUAUCCUCUGCAGCAGAGGUAACUCUGGGUCUUCCUUUCCUGUGGUUGUCCUCAUGAGAGCCAGUUUCAUCAUAGCGCUUGAUGGUUUUUGCGACUGCACUUGAAGAAACGUUCAAAGUUCUUGACAUUUUCCGGAUUGACUGACCUUUAUGUCUUAACGUAAUGAUGGACUGUCGUUUCUCUUUGCUUAUUUGAGUUGUUCUUGCCAUAAUAUGGACUUGGUCUUUUACCAAAUAGGGCUAUCUUCUGUAUAGCACCCCUACCUUGUCACAACACAACUGAUUGGCUCAAACGCAUUAAGAAGGAAAGAAAUUCCACAAAUUAACUUUUAACAAGGCAAACCUGUUAAUUGAAAUGCAUUCCAGGUGACUACCUCAUGAAGCUGGUUGAGAGAAUGCCAAGAGUGUGCAAAGCCGUCAUCAAGGCAAAGGCUGGCUACUUUGAAGAAUUUGUUUAACACUUUUUUGGUUACUACAUGAUUCCAUAUAUGUUAUUUCAUAGUUUUGAUGUCUUCAUUAUUAUUAUAAAAAGUAGAAAAUAGUAAAAAUAAAGAAAAACCCUUGAAUGAGUAGGUGUGUCCAAAACAAAUUCUGGUACUGUGUAUAUAUAUAUAUAUAUAUAUAUAUAUAUAUAUAUAUAUAUAUAUAUGGAAUUUUGGCGUGCCUGGUGAGAUCACCAGGUGGUAAAUUAGCUAAUAGACCAAUAAGAAAUUGCGUUCCAAACCUCUCUGCUAAUAACAGCUGUUUUCAGUUUUUCAGUCCCCACUCAGACCGCUCUCAGACAGUCCUAGCAAAAUUGUUGUUUGAGAAAUUGCUCUUUGCUAAGAAUCUAUUUUUGUUUCUUUUUGACCAUUUUAAUAUAACAAGGUACUUAAUUGUUACCCAGAAAGUAUUUGAUAUUGAGAUUAAAACGCCUGCAUUGGUACUUUAAGAUCCGCUUAAGUUGAAUUUCAACUUAGUCUCCCAUUGACAUUCACAUAUUACGAAGUGAAAAUUCGACUUAAGUGGAAGUAAGGAUUUAUACCUCAGUGAUCUCACUCUAAAUGCUAAAUCCCCUUGAGAGUAGUGGCCUUUCAAUUCCAUGGAACUGGAGAUCAAUCUAAUUAUAUAAAAAGGGGUUUCUUUUCAGUGUGGAUUGAGGAAGUAAUAUGAUGUGAGUUCCUCUGUGUAUCUCAUGACCUCUGAUUUCUAUAUUGACUAUAAGUCACUUUAGAGAAGAUAAUCUUUAGUGUUCUAAAUGCCAGUGUUUUUGUUAUUUACAGACCAGGUGUUUGGCUGUUGUCUAGAGAUGCUGUGUGAGAGAGAGAAGAACACGGUGCCUCGCUUCGUCAGGCUCUGCACUGAGGAAGUGGAGAGGAGAGGUACAGCACAGAUGAGGGAGGGAUGGAGGGGAAAGGGAAAGAGGUAGAGGGAGGGAGGAGAGAGGGAAAUGCUGUGUGAGAGAGAGAAGAACACAGUGCCUCGCUUCGUCAGGCUCUGCACUGAGGCCGUAGAGGAGAGGAGAGGUACAGCACAGCCCUAUAGCACUCCCCUCAGGGUACAUGUUGGCUUUAAGCAAACCAUCUUUUGGGGAUGUAUAGUUGAUAAGGAUUUUAUAGGUUUGUGGUACAGUAAAUGGUUGAUGCCAGGGUAACCUAGCGGUUAGAACGUUGGGCCAGUAACUGAACGGUUGCUAGUUCGAAUCCCCAAGCCGACAAGGGGGAAAAUCUGUUGAUGUGCCCUUGAGCAAGGCACUUAACCCUAAUUGCUCAAGGGUCGCCAUUGAUAAUGUCAGAUCCUGGCCGUGACCCCACUCUCUGAGGGGAGUUGGGAUAUGCAAAAAAUAAACAUUUACAAUUCACACAUGCUUAUAAUACACGCUUGUACAUGUGUGAAAUAGGAACCACCUAAUUAUUAUUAUUAUUAUUAUUAUUAUUAUUAUUAUUAUUUGUUGCCAAUGUAACAUGAGGUACCUGGGUGUUGUUGCCAGGGUUACAUAUAGUAUGGGUGUUGUUGCCAGUGCUACAUGUCCUGUUGUGUGUUUCAGGUCUGGAGACGGACGGUAUCUACAGAGUGAGUGGUAACCUGGCUGUCAUACAGAAACUACGCUUUCUAGUCAACCAUGGUGAGAGGGAGGGGAGGGAGGGGAGGGGAGGGAGGGAGGGUGGAGGGAGUGGGGAUUAGGGGGAAGGGAGGGGAGGGAGGGGAGAGGGAGGGAGUUUAGGGAGGGAGGGAGGAGGGGAGGGAGGGAGGGAGGGAGGGAGAGGGGGAGUGAGGGAGGGGGGGGGAGGGGGGAGGGGGGGAAGGAAAGGAUGAAAGAAAAAGGAAGAAGGAAGGAAAAGGAAGGAAGGAAGGAAGGAAGGAAGGAAGGAAGGACAGGAGAAGGAAGAAGGAAGAAGGAAGAAGGAUCUUCAGGAAGGGAGGGGGAGGCAGUAGGGAGUGAAGGAGGGAAAGGGGCUGGGAUCAUAGCAACUUACUCUAGAUUCCAUAAAUAACUGUUGGUUAAUUCCAGAGCGAGCGGUGACCACUGAUGGACGUUAUAUGUUCCCUGCGGAGUUGGUACAAGGUAGAACUCAGACGAACUGGCAGCUCAUAGCUUUGAGCCAAAUCUAUGCAUAUGUGUGCAAUGUCUGCAUUUAUGCAAAAACACGUUUGUCUGCCUCUAAGCUUUCCAGCUGCUGGAAGUUUGUAUAUUGUGUUGUCUUUGCACAGACAUGCUGAGUAAAAUAUCAGUUAAAGGUGCAUCAGGGACUGUGUUCUUUACGCACUCUAUUGGUGCCGUCAAGUGGCUAAAAUAGACUACUGCAGCUUGCGUUUUGCUCUAGCCUGCCAUUGUUGCAUUGCCUUGAAUCCUGACCAAUGUUUCUCAACACUCCUCUGGACAUUAGUUUACAGUAUUAGGUUCUAAACAUUAAUUUCACACUGGAAACUCUUGUAGUUACACAAGCAAUUAGGUUUACAAAUGUAACUGAGGAUGGCUUGAGAAAUAUUGUUCAGGAUUGAAUGGAUGGUUGUAUUGUGGGAGCAUUCCCACAAGCUCUGUCUCUCUGCAUUCUAACGAUUGCCUUGUUUCACAGACAAUGUAUCUCUGCUACAGCUACAAGCCUGCCAGCCUCCCUGUCUACCAAAAGCACCGUUUUACCAGUGAAACUCAUGCAUAUCUCUCUUUCCCUCCCAUCCCUCUCUACACUCCCUCCCUCCUCCCUCCUCCCUCCCUCCCUCCUCCCUCCUCCCUCCUCCCUCCUCCCUCUAUUAUUCUCCCCUUCCACUAAUAGAGAAGCUGAACCUGGACCAGAGUGAAUGGGAGGAUAUCCAUGUCAUAACAGGAGCCCUAAAGCUCUUCUUCAGGGAGCUUCCUGAACCCCUGGUCCCGUAUGGCUUCUUCACAGACAUCGUAGAGACCAUCAGUGAGUAGCUCCUGAAUGAGGGAAUAAAUCCUUCUUCACAGACACAGUUGACCGUCAGUGAGUGGCUCCUACUGUUAUCUGCUGGAUGAAUGAGUGGAUGGAUGGAUGGAUGGAUCGUUGAACAAAGGAAAGAAUGGAUUGAUGGAUUGUUUGAUGGAUGGACUAAAGAAUGAAUGAACAAACCAACAAAUGAAUAUGUCAUAUAAGACAGUCUGCCAUCUGGAGUCUAUUAUAUUUGUCUGGAUGUCUGUGUGUCCAGAGAUGUCAGACUACUUGGACAAAGUGGACCGUCUGAAGUGGCUGGUUCUGAGCAUGCCUCCUCCCAACCACGACACCAUGAGGUUCAUGUUCAGCCAUCUCAAACGGUAUGAGACCUCUCCUCAAUCUAGCCUAGUCCCUAAUCUGUUUAACUGCAGUAUAGAAGACUGACAACUAGAGGGCGUAGUGUCCUCAGCCUUGUUCUCAGCAGUUGCCUUUCGGUAUUUGUUCUGUGAAUGAACAGUGUGGACUCAAGAGUGCUGUGGGUCACAUACUGUGGGUAAUGGAGUGAGAGGUUGAAACACUGACGGAUUUAGUCACACAAGUAAAAUAGUUACUCUUCUGUUACUUUAUGGUACUUCCAUAGGACUUAAGAGUGGCUGUUUGUUGUGUUAAUGAAUCUGAUGUUUGUGCCAACAUGUAGCUCCCAUGAAUAUGUAUGAGUCACUGUGUCUCUGUCUCACUGUCAUUCCUCUCUCUCUCGUUCGCUCUCCCUCUCUCUCUCUCUCUCUCUCUCUCUCUCUCUCUGGAUCUUAUUUUCUCAUCUCCUCCUACCCCAUCAUCUCAUCUCCUAUCCUCCUCCCCCCCCUCUUCUCACCUCUCCUCCCCCUCUCAUCCCUUCCCUCCUCCUCUGGGAUCACUGUGGCUCGUCUGCUGGAAGGAACAGCAACACCACUGCCGCCACCACUGGAACCUCUCUCCUCCACUCUCCCUUUCUUUUUUCUUCCCUCGUUCUGUCUCUUUUUUCCUCUCAUUUUUUAAUGUGGAAGUUUUGAGCAAUUGCUGGCUGCCUCUGUGGCUUGGUGGGAAUGGCAUUUUUAGAAGAAUGCCUCAUGCUGUGGCUUUAACCCAUUCCUGUGUCGGUGUCCCCUCCACCCACCCACACACCCACACACACACACACACACACACACACACACAGAGAGACCCCAAAACCAACCCUAAACCUAACCUUUCACACCUUACCCUAAUUCCAACCCAAACACAAAUUCUAACCCUAAACCCCCUAGAAAUAGUCUUUAUACUUGUUGGGACUGGCAAAAUGUCCCUAGUUGGUCGAAUAUUUGUUUGUUUACUAUUCUUAUGGGGACUUCUGGUAUAGUUAAACAUGUCCACACACACACACAUACACACACACACAUACACGUUUGUUUUAGAUUCCCUUUCAAAAUCCAAUUUUCCCUAACCCAUAUACCUAACCCAUAACCUAACCCUAAUCCUAACCUUAACCUUAACCCUGACCUUAACCCCUAACUCUAAACCUCAUUCCUAACCCUAAGCCUAACCCCUAACCUCUAAGUCUAACCAUAACCCUAAUUGUAACACUAACCCUAAACCCAACCUCUAAUCCUAAAAUACAGUGAGCUCCAAAAGUAUUGGGACAGUGACACAUUUUGGUUGUUUUGGCUCUGUACUCCAGCACUUAGGAUUUGAAAUGAUACAAUGACUAUGAGGUUAAAGUGCAGACUGUCAACUUUAAUUUGAAGGUAUUUUCAUCCAUAUCAGGUGAACCGUUUGUGCACUUUUUGUACAAAUUCAAUGAUGUGUAUUAAAGUAGUCAAAAGUUAAGUAUUUGGUCCCAUAUUCAUAGCACACAAUGACUACAUCAAGCUUGUGACUCAAAAUAUUUGUUGGAUGCAUUUGCUCUUUGUUUUGGAUGUGUUUCAGAUUAUUUUGUGCCCAUUAGAAAUGAAUGGUAAAUCAUGUAUUGUGACAUUUUGGAGUCACUUUUAUUGUAAAUAAGAAUAGAAAAUGUUUCUUAACACUUCUACAUUAAUGCGGAUACUACCAUGAUUAUGGAUAAUCCUGAAUGAAUUGUGAAUAAUGAUAAGUGAGAAAGUAAGACGCACAAAUAUCUUACCCCCAAAAUAUGCUAACCUCUCACCAUUCCAAUAACAGGGAUGUUUGCAUUUUUUUUUGGGGGGGGGGGGGGGGUGUAUGGUUUUAGUGUGUCUAUCCCCACCGUUCCAUCAGUUGUUUUUUAUCUUUUUUUUAAAGCUAAUUUUGGUGUUUGCUUGGGUAAUUAGAGAUGGAAGGGAGUUCCAUGCGAUCAUGGCUCUGUAUAAAAUGGUGUGUUGCCGUGAAGUCGUUUUGGACUUGGGGACUGUGAAGAGACCCCUGGUGGCAUGUCUUGUGGGGUAUGGGUGUCUGAGCUGAAUGUUAUUUAAUUAUGCAGACAAUCUGGAAUUUUUGGCAUAGUAAUAUUUCUCAUUAAAACUAGAAGAGAAGCAGUUAAUCUGUCAUCAACCCUCAACCAGGAAAGACUUGCAUGCAUGUUGUUGAUGUUAGUUCUGCAUGUGCAGUUAAGGGCAAGGCGUGCUGCUCUGUUUUGAGCCAGCUGCAACUUUACUAGGUCUUUCUUUGCUGCAUAUUACUGGACAGCAAUCAAGAUGGGACAAGACCACAGCAUGAACAACUAGUACAGUUGAUUUUUGUGUAAAAAACACAUAACUAUAUAAAUAUAUAUAUAUAUAUAUAUAUAUAUAUAUAUAUAUAUAUAUAUAUAGUACCAGUCAAAAGUUUGGACACGCCUACUCAUUGAAUAUAUAUAUAUAUAUAUAUAUUUUAAACUAUUUUCUACAUUGUAGAAUAAUAGUGAAGACAUCAAAACUAUGAAAUAACACAUAUGGAAUCAUGCAGUAACCAAAAAAGUGUUAAACAAAUCUAAAUCUGUUUUAUAUUUGAGAUUCUUCAAAUAGCCACUCUUUGCCUUGAUGACAGCUUUGCACACUCUUGGCAUUCUCUCAACCAGCUUCAUGGGGUAGUCACCUGGAAUGCAUUUUAACUAACAGGUGUGCCAAUCAGUUGUGUUUUGACAAGGUGGGGGGGGGGGGGGGGGUACACAGAAGAUAGCCCUAUUUGGUAAAAUAGCAAGUCCAUAUUAUGGCAAGAACAGCUCAAAUAAGCAAAUAGAAACGACAGUCCAUCAUUACUUUAAGACAUGAAGGUCAGUCAAUCCGGAAAAUGUCAAGAACUGAAAGUUUCUUCAAGUGCAGUCGCAAAAACCAUCAAGGGCUAUGAUGAAACUGGCUCUCAUGAGGACCUCCACAGGAAUGGAAGACCCCGAGUUACCUCUGCUGCAGAGGAUAAGUUCAUUAGAGUUACCAGCCUCAGAAAUUGCAGCCCAAAUAAAUGCUUCACAGAGUUCAAGUCACAGACACAUCUCAACAUCAACUGUUCAGAGGGGACCUUUUAUUUAAGGUAUCUGUGACCAACAUAUGCAUAUCUGUAUUCCCAAUCAUGUGAAAUCCAUCGCUUAGGGCCUAAUUACUUAAUUUCUAUGUUUGUUCAGUAUAUAAACUCAGCAGAAAAAGAAACGUCCUCUCACUGUCAACUGCGUUUAUUUUCAGCAAACUUAACGUGUGUAAAUAUUGAAGAUUCAACAACUGAGACAUAAACUUAGCAAGUUCCACAGACGUGUGACUAAAUGAAAUUGAAUAAUGUGUCCCUGAACAAAGGGGGGGUCAAAAUCAAAAGUAACAGUCAGUAUCUGGUGUGGCCACCAGCUGCAUUAAGUACUGCAGUGCAUCUCCUCCUCAUGGACUGCAUCAGAUUUGCCAGUUCUUGCUGUGAAAUGUUACCCCACUCUUCCACCAAAGCACAUGCAAGUUCCCGGAAAUUUCUGGGGGGAAUGGCCCUAGCCCUCACCCUCCGAUCCAACACAUCCCAGAUGUGCUCAAUGGGAUAGAGAUCCGGGCUCUUCGCUGGCCAUGGCAGAACACUGACAUUCCUGUCUUGCAGGAAAUCACGCACAGAACGAGCAGUAUGGCUGGUGGCAUUGUCAUGCUGGAGGGUCAUGUCAGGAUGAGCCUGCAGGAAGGGUACCACAUGAGGGAGGAGGAUGUCUUCCCUGUAACGCACAGCGUUGAGAUUGCCUGCAAUGACAACAAGCUCAGUCCGAUGAUGCUGUGACACACCGCCCCAGACCGUGACGGACCCUCCACCUCCAAAUCGAUCCCGCUACAGAGUACAGGCCUCGAUGUAACGCUCAUUCCUUCGACGAUAAACACGAAUCUGACCAUCACCUCUGGUGAGACAAAACCACGACUCGUCAGUGAAGACCACUUUUUGCCAGUCCUGUCUGGUCCAGUGACGGUGGGUUUGUGUCCAUAGGCGACGUUGUUGCCGGUGAUGUCUGGUGAGGACCUGCCUUACAACAGGCCUACAAGCCCUCAGUCCAGCAUCUCUGGAGGGAUUGUGCGUUCCUGGUGUAACUCGGGUAGUUGUUGUUGCCAUCUUGUACCUGUCCCGCAGGUGGGAUGUUCGGAUGUACCGAUCCUGUGCAGGUGUUGUUACACGGGGUCUACCACUGCGAGGAGGAUCAGCUGUCUGUCCUGUCUCCCUGUAGCAAUGUCUUAGAUGUCGUACAGUACGGACUUUGCAAUUUAUUGCUCUGGCCACAUCUGCAGUCCGCAUGCCUUCUUGCAGCAUGCCUAAGGCAUGUUCACUCAGAUGAGCAGGGACCCUGGGCAUCUUUCUGUUGGUGUUUUUCAGAGUCAGUAGAAAGGCCUCUUUAGUGUACUAAGUUUUCAUAACUGUGACCUUAAUUGCCAACCGUCUGUAAGCUGUUAGUGUCUUAACGACCGUUCCACAGGUGCAUGUUCAUUAAUUAUUUAUGGUUCAUUGAACAAGCAUGGGAAACAGUGUUUAAACCCUUUACAAUGAAGAUCUGUGAAGUUAUUUGGAUUUUUACGAAUGAUCUUUGAAAAAAUGGGAUGUUUCUUUUUCUUUAGUUAAUUUUUCUCUUUUUUUUCUUUUUUUUUCUUUUACCUUUAUUUAACAAGUCAGUUAAGAACAAAUUCUUAUUUAAAAUGACGACUUACACCGGCCAAACCCUGACGACGCUUGGCCAAUUGUGCGGCACCCUAUGGGACUCCCAAUCACGGCCGGUUGUGAUACAGCCUGUAAUCGAACCAGGGGGUCUGUAGUGACGCCUCAAGCACUGAGAUGCAGGGCCUUAGACCACUGCGCAAAAGUUUCAACACACCUACUCAUUCAAGGUUUUUUCUUUAUUUUUUACUAUGUUCUACAUUGUAGCAUAAUAGUGAAGACAUCAAAACGAUGAAAUAACACAUAUGGAAUCAUGUAGUAAACAGAAAGGUGUUAAGCAAAUCAAAAUAUAUUUUAUAUUUGAGAUUCUUCAAAUAGCCACCCUCUGCCUUGAUGACAGCUUUGCACGCUCUUGGCAUUCUCUCAACCAGCUUCACCUGGUAUGCUUUUCCAACAGUCUUGAACGAGUUCCCACAUAUGCUGAGCACUUGCUGGCUGCUUUUCCUUCACUCUGCGGUCCGACUCAUCCCAAACCAUCUCAAUUUGGUUGAGGUCGGAGGAUUGUGGAGACCAGGUCAUCUGAUGCAGCACUCCAUCACUCUCCUUCUUUGCAAAAUAGCCCUUACAUAGCCUGGAGGUGUGUUGGGUCAUUGUCCUGUUGAAAAACAAAUGAUAGUCACACUAAGCCCAAACCAGAUGGGAUGGCAUAUCGCUGCAGAAUGCUGUGGUAGCCAUGCUGGUAAAGGGUGCCUUGAAUUCUAAAUAAAUCACAGACAGUGUCACCAGCAAAGCACCCCCACACCAUAACACCUCCUCCUCCAUGCUUUACGGUGGGAAAUACACAUGCGGAGAUCAUCCGUUCACCCACACCGCUUCUCACAAAGAAACAGCGGUUGGAACAAAAAAUCUCAAAUUUGGACUCCAAACCAAAGGACACAUUUCCACCAGUCUAAUGUCCAUUGUUCGUGUUUCUUGGCCCAAGCAAGUCUCUUCUUCUAAUUGGUGUCCUUUAGUAGUGUGUUUUUUGCAGAAAUUCGACCAUGAAGGCCUGAUUCACACACUCUCCUCUGAACAGUUGAUGUUGAGAUGUGUAUGUUACUUGAACUCUGUAAAGCAUUUAUUUGGGCUGCAAUAUCCGAGGCUGGUAACUCUAAUGAACUUAUCCUCUGCAGCAGAGGUAACUCGGGGUCUUCCAUUCCUGUGGCGGUCCUCAUGAGAGCCAGUUUCAUCAUAGCACCUCAUGAUCCCAAACACACCGCCCGGGCAACGAAGGAGUGGCUUCGUAAGAAGCAUUUCAAGGUCCUGGAGUGGCCUAGCCAGUCUCCAGAUCUCAACCCCAUAGAAAAUCUUUGGAGGGAGUUGAAAGUCCGUGUUGCCCAGCGACAGCCCCAAAACAUCACUGCUCUAGAGGAGAUCUGCAUGGAGGAAUGGGCCAAAAUACCAGCAACAGUGUGUGAAAACCUUGACCAAAUACUUAUUUUCCACCAUCAUUUGCAAAUAAAUUCAUUAAAAAUCCUACAAUGUGAUUUUCUGGAUUUUCUUUUCUCAUUUUGUCUGUCAUAGUUGACGUGUACCUAUGAUGAAAAUUACAGGCCUCUCUCAUCUUUUUAAGUGUAUAUAUAUAUGUGUAUAUAUAUUAUAUAUGUGUAUAUAUAUAUAUAUAUAUAUCUUUCUCUCUCUCUCUCUCUCUCUCCCACCCUCUCUCUCUUUUCCUCCCCCAGAGUGAUGGAGCACGCUGACUCCAACCGAAUGUCGACCCAGAACAUCGGCAUAGUGUUUGGUCCCACCCUGAUGCGUCCGGAGCGGGACAACGCUAACAUGGCCAUCAACAUGGUGUAUCAGAACCAGGCCGUGGAGCUCAUACUCGACGAGUUCGACCGCAUCUUCGGACCCAACAACUCAACAUCCCUCUGACACCCAGUCAGCCCAGAGCACUGAACCCAUCCAGCUCCAAGGACCCAGUCAGCCCAGAGCACCGAACCCACCCAGCUCCAAGGACCCAGUCAGCCCGGAGCACUGAACCAACCCAGCUCCAAGGACCCAGUCAGCCCAGAGCAACGAACCCACCCAGCCCCAAGGACCCAGUCAGCCCAGAGCACCGAACCCACCCAGCUCCAAGGACCCAGUCAGCCCAGAGCACCGAACCCACCCAGCUCCAAGGACCCAGUCAGCCCAGAGCACCGAACCCACCCAGCUCCAAGGACCCAGUCAGCCCAGAGCACCGAACCCACCCAGCUCCAAGGACACAGUCAGCCCAGAGCACCGAACCCACCCAGCCCCAAGGACCCAGUCUAGAGCCAAACCAGCCUCCUAGCCCAUCCAGCCCUCAUCCCAACCAGUCUGAGCCCCAGGCCCGACCAGCCCUAAGUCCAACCAUUCUGAACCCAACUCAGUGA